AUGCGCAUAUGUAGCAUGGACUAUCCGCCCAGCGAGAAUGCACCUCGGUUUGCGGGGAGUGUUUAUCCCCGUGAACGCCAUAAGAACGACAAUUUACCGUUUAUUCCUGCCGCUCAGGUCCAAAGGGAAAUUGGGACCGAGGGCACCAGACUUUGGGUUGUGAUCGACGACAUAGUAUACGAUGUGACGGAGUUUUCAAAGCAACACCCGGGUGGCCAAAUCCCUUUGAGGAAUUUUGCUGGAAAAUCAUGUUCUUGGCAAUUUCAUCAGAUUCAUAGCCUCAAAACGCUGCAGAAAUAUGAGGGGUUGCGUGUGGGUUGGACAGAAAACGUUCUCAAUCCAUAUCAGAAACCGAAGCCCCAAGUCGUGAGACCGUUGUGGUCUCAGCAGUUCUGGUGA